AUGUCAAGCAAGCAAAACUCGGCGCCUCAUUUGAACAGAGGCAUCAGCGACUACCUGACUGUCGGUCAUGGAUCCGGACCUGGAUCUGGAUCUGGAUCUGGUGCACAAGGUGACUCGACGGAUGAUGAAGAGAAUGGACAUAUGGAGGUAAUCCUCACGUCAUACAUGCUUAGCAACUUACUUAUCGUCAAAGAACUGAUGCCAUUAGGUCGAAUUCGACCAGGACAACGUCUGGCGCAGAAAAUCGUCGAUAGUCCAAGCGGAAAGGCCUGA